AUCAAAUUCGCCCCCCUUCCCUCCCAACAGCCACAUUCUUCCGUAUGGAGCCCGAUGCUUCUCCCCCACCCCCUGGAAAAGACCCCAGAGGCCAUGAACUCGACCAGAUAUCAAGAGUUGAAGACUCCCACCAUGAAGUUGGCACAAUUACCAAUAUCGAAAAAAGAAAGACGGUCGAGGGAGAGGCAAAGUUCCGCCGACUCGGCUGGAAGCGCAUGACGGUGAUUCUCAUUGUCGAAGCCAUCGGGCUCGGUACUUUCAGUCUCCCCAGUGCCUUUGCAACUCUGGGAAUGGUCGCGGGCGUUAUCUGCUGCGUCGUUCUCGGUUUCGUUGUUAUCUAUACGGGGUAUAUCGUUGGCCAGGUCAAGGUUGUUUACCCACAGAUCAACCACUAUGGCGACAUUGGCGGGCUGAUCCUGGGUCGAUUUGGACAAGAGCUGAUAGGCACUUUGUAUGCGCUGCAACUGAUCCUCAUGACGGCGUCAUUCUGCCUGACAGGGACUAUUGCCUUUAACACCUUGAGCAACGAGGGUGCUUGUGGCCUGGUGUUUAGUAUCGUCUCUGGUAUUCUCUUGUUUCUCCUCGCGAUUAUGCCGUCGUUUAGUGAGGCUGCCGUACUGGGUUACAUUGACCUGGCCUCGGUGACGAUCACCAUUGGCAUCGCGAUCAUCGGUUCCGGGAUACAGGCUGGAGAGUUACCGGGUGGCGUGGCUUCGGUGAACUGGUCGGCAUGGCCAGCCGCUGAUACGACGUUCAAGGACGCCAUGGUGGCCAUCUGUAACAUCAUGUUCUCCUACAGCUUCUGCAUGUUCAUCACCCCGUUCAUGUCCGAGAUGCACACUCCUACGGAUUUCAUGAAGUCGAUCUGGUCCCUGGGGAUAAUCGAGAUGGUAGUCUACACAGUGAUUGGCGCCCUGAUCUACGUUUUCGUGGGUCCAGAAGUUCAGAGCCCUUCCUUGCUAUCGCUGCAAGGAGUCCUUCCAAAAGUUGCCUUUGGACUGGCGCUUCCUCUCAUCUUCAUCUCAGGCGCCAUCGGCAACACAGUCACGGCCCGAUACGUCCAUCUCCGGCUUUAUGAAGACUCUGUGAUUCGCUUCGUCAACACCCCAAAGGGAUGGAUUACCUGGAUUGCGGUUCUGCUGGUCAUCACCAUUGUUGCCUGGGUUCUGGCCGAGGCAAUUCCUUUCUUCGACGACCUCCUUGCCCUCAGCUCCGCUCUGCUCAUCUCCGGGUUUGUUCUCUACUUUCCACCUGUGAUGUGGUUCAUCCUUCUUCGCGAGGGUAAAUGGUCCGACACAACGAAUAUUCUACAUGGGGUCACCUGUGCCUUUGUCUUUCUCCUUGGGUUGCUUGUGCUGGUCGGCGGCACAUACGCCAGUAUUCAAGAUAUCCUAGAUAGCUACGCGGCUGGUACUGUCGGAGUGCCCUUUUCUUGCUAGACAUAGAUUUUUGUAUAUUGUAGAUAGUAUCGAGAGUGUUUCUACCCUGUGAAUAAAUAUGGUAGUAGAAUUGGUAAUGCCAAGGAUUGUAUAUAUAUGAUCGGUGCACUGGAUAUUGGAAAACAACGGGCAUUUCCGAUUUGUGAUAGGACAAGCCACCGAAGUACCAACGUAAACAUUUAUACAGAAGGUGGACAAUUAAUCAAAUGCUCAGUGCCAGACCAGUCCCCAGUAGUCGCUGGCUCCAUCGUAGGCGGAGUCGAAAGGCUGGCAUCGGGGAUGUUCGUGAUCCUCCACUGUGCCUUGAGGCCAGAUUGGAAUGGCACAGAAUGCGUCAUCCGGACAAUCCUGGC